AUGAAAUGGCAAAAGAGAAGACGCCAGCCAGAAGGAGCCCCGCUAACAGCGUCCGCCCUCUCUUGCAGGCCCCCUCAGAACAGACUGUUAGCCCUCACAGGCCCUGGUGGAGGUAGAGGGCGUGGGAGCUUAUUGCUAAGGCGUGGAUUCUCGGAUAGUGGAGGAGGACCCCCAGCCAAGCAGAGGGAUUUUGAAGGGGCAACCAGUAGGCUGGGUGGAGAACGUCGGACAAGAAGAGAAUCACGCCAAGAAAGCGACGCAGAGGAUGAUGAUAUUAAAAAGCCAGCGUUGCCAUCUUCUGUUGUUGCUACCUCCAAAGAGCGAACACGUCGAGACCUUAUACAAGACCAAAAUAUGGAUGAGAAAGGAAAACAAAGGAAUCGACGUAUAUUUGGCUUGUUGAUGGGCACUCUUCAAAAAUUUAAGCAGGAGUCCACAGUUGCUACUGAAGGGCAAAAGAGACGAAAAGAAAUUGAACAAAAACUUGAAGUACAGGCAGAGGAAGAAAGAAAGCAAGUUGAAAAUGAAAGGCGAGAACUGUUUGAAGAAAGACGUGCUAAACAGACAGAGCUGCGGAUACUGGAGCAAAAAGUUGAGCUUGCUCAGUUGCAAGAAGAAUGGAAUGAGCAUAACGCUAAAAUAAUUAAAUACAUAAGAACGAAGACAAAGCCCCACUUGUUCUACAUACCUGGCAGAAUGUGUCCUGCUACACAGAAGUUGAUGGAAGAGUCACAGAAAAAGAUGAACGCACUCUUUGAAAGCAGGCGAAAUGAAUUUGCAGAGCAGAUUAACAAAAUGGAGGCCAGGCCCAGAAGACAAUCUAUGAAGGAAAAAGAACAGCGGGAGGUGCAGAAUGAAGAAAAGAAGGAAGAACAGAACAAGGAGCAGGAUGAGGGUAAGGCGGUUCAGCAGGUGGAAGAGUUGGAGACAGGUAAUCAGCACAAUGAUGUAGAAAUGGAGGAGGUAGGGGAGGAAAAGGGAAAAGUAGGGUCAGGGCAUAGUGAUGCAGAGAAAGAACAGGAAGAGGAUGAACAGAAACAUGAAAUGGAGAUUAAAGUAGAAGAGACUACUGAGGUGAGGGAGAAUGACAAGCAACAGGAUGGUCAACAUGAAGAGGUCACAGUUGCAAAAGAGGAAAGUGAAAUCAUUCAGCCAGUGGAUAAUGAGCAGGAUGUGGCUGAAAUGAAUGAGGCAGAUAGUGUAGAACCUGUAGAAACUGAAAAUGGCAAAGAAAUGGAACUAGAAACAGAUUGUGAUCCUCAGCCAGCCAAAGUGUGUAAUGUUCCUUCUCCUGAGAAGGAGAUAGGUGUCAAACCAGAAUCUGAAGCUGAACCUGAAGAAAAACAGGAGAAGGCACCUGAAGCUCAGCCAGAAGCUGUGGCUGAGGCUCCAUGUCAGCCACAGUCUGUGCCACUGUCACAGUCACCUCAGUUGUCUCGGUCCACUCAGGAUACAGAGCCCCAGGCAGACAAGGAUGAAAAUGCUGUGGUGUCUGUAAAGGUAGUUGAGGCACAGACAGAGCAGAGCCAGACACAGAGUACAGAAAUUAAGAGUAAGACUAGGAGUAGAAGCAGGGGCAGAGCAGGGAACAAAACUGGUAAGAAUCAUAGCCGUAGUAGCAGCAGCAGUAGUAGCACUAGUACUUCAAGCAGUACUAGUAGUGGAAGUAGUUCCAGCACUGGCAGCAGUAGCAGUCGGAGUAGUUCCACCAGUAGUAGCACUACAAGUGGAAGUACCAGCAGGGACAGUAGCAGCAGUAGCUCUACCACUAGUGAAAGUAGAAGUCGAAGCCGAGGCAGGGGGCAUAACAGAGAGAGAAAACACAGAAGGAGCACGGACAGGAAGCGAAGGGAUGCUUCAGGAGUAGAUAGAAGUCACAAGUCCUCAAAAGGUGGGAGUAGAGAUACCAAAAGCUCAAAAGAUAAAAGUUCAAGAUCUGACAGAAAGAGGUCUAUAUCAGAAAGUAGUCGGUCAGGCAAGAGAACUUCACGGAGUGAAAGAGACCGUAAAUCAGACAGGAAAGACAAAAGGCGUUAACAGAAGAGACCAAGCUUCCUUAGCCUAAUCUUUGCAGCAGAAGAUAAUUUGAGAGAAAGGAUUCCUUGUAAGGAGGAGGAGAAGGCUGCCUUAAGAAUUGCAUGCUGUAAAAAAUCUUUUGGAAAAAUGCAGACUGUUUACCAGGCAUUCUUGUACUUUUUACAUAAUUUUGUAAAAGGUUACCAAAAUUAUGUGAAGUUCCUGAAAAUGUAAAAAUAAAAGAUUAACACUC